AGGUGAACUGAGCAGGCUGAGAUUGGCCUUGGCCUAGAAUAGAUGGCAGACAAUGUCAACAACUAACAACAUAGCACAAGCACGGAAACUCGUGGAACAACUGAGGAUUGAAGCAGGCAUUGAGAGAAUCAAGGUAUCCAAAGCUGCUGUCGACCUUAUGAAUUACUGCGAGCAGCAUGCCCGAAGCGACCCGCUGAUUCUUGGAGUUCCGACAUCUGAGAAUCCUUUCAAGGAAAAGAAACCCUGCAUCAUCCUAUAGCCUUGCCCACAGAUGGAUGAAGCACAGCGCAUUUAAACCCAAUUAAUGAAUACCAACAGCAAGAAAUAUUCAAGUCAAUGAAUACAGGUGUCUAAACAGGAAAUGUAUUUGUUUUUUUAAAUUAUAAUCGAAUCAGUGGGUGCAAAUCUAGCAAAGGGGAUUUAGAAAUUUCAGCCAGUGAGAAUUGACUACACCAGAUCAAGAAAGGGAGGGCUUUUAAAGGAAAACAUUUUGUUAUUGGUGUGCUUUCUAAUGUGUCUACAUUUUGACUAGAUUAUCCAUUGAUAGUUUUAUUGUUUUUGUUUGGUGAAGCUGGGGGAAAGGGGUGAAAUGUAAGAAGAGGACCUGUAGAGCUAUCUCUACCAGAAUACCCAUAUGAAUGGAAUUGUCUUGUGUGAACACCUUUUGGUAUUAACAUUUGGAAUACUUAGCACAAAAAACAGAAACUGAAUUAAAUGUCUAAGUAUUUCAAAUGUAAAACGAGGAAGAAGCAGUUCAUUUCCAUUACUAAUAUUUAAUGGACAUUGUAAAUAAGGGCACAUUUAAUUUACUCCACUGUUCAGUUUCUUCAAUUUGAUCAAUACUGAGUACUUUAGUUUCAUUAACAACUUGGAUUAAUUUUGUUCAGUGAUGAGAGUUUUUAGUGAAAUAAUAUUAUCGCCAGGAGCAUUUACAUCUGUUUCAAUCAAGGAUAUGUCAGAAAUUGUAUUUUAGAAAAUUUAACAUUGUUAAAUUAGUAUGGUAUGUGCAUCAAGGUUUCCCAGAGUUCAACUUUGUUUGUGAUAGAUCAGAAGGAGUUAAACUUUUUAUGCUAACAUUUAGUGGUGCAGAAUUUCUUGCAGUGAACCCUAAUUUACACUUACAACUGCUAAUUUAUAUUGAACACUGCAUAUACUUGCAUCAGUAUUGGUUUACAAAAUUAUAUUCACAAGCUACUAAUGUGCAUUUGGCUGUUUUGCAGAGCUGGAGAGAGGCAUAAUAAGCUCAUUUCUGAUGGCUAAGACUGUGUGGAAGAAAAAUGUAUUUUGCACCUGACCUUUUAAUUUUCUACUUUACUUUGGUUGACCUCAAAAUACUGAAAUAGUAAAAAUCAUAAAUGCUAACCUUUUUAAGUUGCAUUGCUAUUUUUGGACAUAGAUGUUCUGCUUUUUAAUUGGCUAAUCUUUGACUCACUUAUUGAUUGGGAGAGGUUAUUAAACUAUUAAUUUUAUGAACUGUGGAGCAAGCUGUUAAAAUCUAGAUCUUCAAAUCUACACAAUCUUCAAAGAAAUCAGCAAGUACAGUAGAGUGUCACUAAUUUUACUAAAUUCUAUUUUGAAAUACAUUGAAAACUCUAUUUCCAGUGCAACGUUCUUGGCCAGCACAGCAGUGUUUACUUCCUGGUUAAGUGGAUUCACAAGAAAACCACAGGAGUAGAAUCCUAGUACAUUUGUUGAAAGCAAGGAUGCAUCCUUGCAAAGUGAUUUAAAUCCAACAAACGAGAGGAACAGCAGCCUGUUCUGCACAUGCAAAGUGAAAUGGGAAAGUAGUAGUGCCGAUUUGAGAUUUCACACUCUACUUUCCCCAUUAACAACAUAUAAACAUUUUUUCAGUUCCUAAUUUGAAAGUGUGAUGUUUAUGCAGUGGUAUUAGUUAGUUAGUUUUCUUGUACCUUUUAAUGGAAAGGUUUUCCUUCCAAUCACAACUGCCAAAUGUGAAUAUCUGUUCAGAUCGUGAAUUUUCCAAUGGGAUAAAAAUAACUACCUGGUGAUGCUGCAUGAUCUUAAUAUACCUUCAGGUCCUACCUCAUAACGGGAAUAGCCUUUGCCCUACCAAUACUGGAAGGCUUCCACAUCAGGGGAAUGGACUGCAGUAGUAAGGAAAAAUUGAAAUGCAAAUUCACUGUCAUGUGUAUAUAAUAUAAAUAAUAAUUAAAAUCUUUACGUACAUGAAUUUAUAGCAGUUAGUUCAGUUUUGAGGUGUAGGUGACAAAAUAGGCCUGUGUUUAAUGUUUGACGUGUUGUCUAACCCUUCAGUCUGCUUUACGCACGGGUUUUCAUUUGACCUCUUAAGUAUUCAUACUUCAUUCACAACAAUCUGAAUAUAAUGCUGUUAUAUUUUAAAACUUUCCAACACUCUCAACGCUGAACAUGUCAAUGGAGUUAUUACCUCCAUGUUCAGAUGGUUGAAUAUUGCUCAGAAAUGCUAAGCUGAACUUAUUUAAUUAUUGAACUCAAAGCGCUAUUUACAUUUUGCAGAAUACACGUGUGCAUAUCUAGAUUGCUUCCAUACAAGGAAUUGAGGGAAUUUAUUUUUACAGUGUCAUUGUUGUGCCGUUUCCUGCUUGUGGAAAGCACAUGGCUUCAACCCAGUGCCAUCUCUAAUCAUUGCAGCAGUAUAAGGUUUUGUAGGUUUUUUUGUGACAUCACCACCACUCUACUGCUUUACACCUGGAAAGAAAAAAACUUGUAUUUAUGUAAUGCCUUGGUAUAUCAUAAAAUGCUUUCGAGCUAAUGAACUGUUCUGAUGUGCAGUCACUGUUGUAGCUUUGCUGUACCAUUAUUGCAAAGUUGAAACAGGGGAUCAGUCAGUGAGUUCAUUUUCAGUGAAUUCUUACACAUUACCAAAUUUUCUUUUUAAAGCAGAUGCUACCACACACAAACAAUAGGUUCUAGAAAUAAGCAAUUAAUUUCUUUCUUCAUCUUUACUACUAGCAUUAAAUAUUUUAUUUAGAAAUAUUUAGUAGAGAAGAUUAUACACUGGUAUCAGAACCUGCAUGAAUUUCCUUCCAGUAAAAUUAAUGAUAGGAAAAUUGUGGUUUCUGUAACACAUGCCGUCCUCCCCACCCUGUUUUUGUCUUUGCUGUCCUCAGGCCCAGUUGAUUUAAAAAUGAAAACAUGUCCUGGAAAGGAAUAACGGAGAAAUACUCGAAUAAAGGCUAAAUACUGUGGAUGCUGGAAGUCUGAAACAAACACAGAAUUCUGGACAACCUCGGCAGAUUCGCAUUUAUAGAUUAUUUAAAUACUUGGUUUGUGCGCCAUGGUGGCUUAGUGGUUAGCACUGUUGCUUCACAGCACCAGGGAUCCGGGUUCAGUUCCAUCCUUAGACAACUGUCUGUGUGGAGUUUGUAUGUUCUCUCUGUGUCUGCAUGGGUUUCCUCCCACAGUCCAAAGAUGUGCAAGUUAGGUCGAUUGGCCAUACUGAAUUACCCAUAGCGUUCAGGGAUGUCUGAGUUAGGUGUGUCAGUGAUGGGAAAUGCAGGGUUACAGGGAUAGGGUAGGAGGAUGGGUCUGGGCAGAAUGCUGUUCGGAGAGUGGUUUUCGGACAUGUUGGGCCAAAUGGCCUGUUUCCACACUCUAGGAAUUCGGUGUGUAAACCCUGGAUUUUGUAAGUCAAAACUUCAUUCAGAAUCUGAUUAACAUUGUUUUCAGCUUAAAAUCAACAGUCUCAUGGACUCAACAGAAGGUUUCCUGUGCUGUUAUCAUUAUUAUUUUAUGAUAAGUCAUGCAGAUUGUAGAAAAACACACACUUUUUAAAAUGCAUUAUUACUUGCUUUACUAAUGUGUAGAUUUUUUUUUUAAUUAUUGCAUAAUCCCCAAGUAGGUUUCCUUGAAAUCCUUCCUUGGCCUCAAUGGCUACCAACUUUCUGUGAGCUUGAAGGAGGGAAACUCAUUAGAUUAAAGGCAAGAUGUUUGGAGGAAGAAGUAGUAACUUAAUGGUCCUGUUUUUAGACCACUGACAUGAGGGUGGACAGAGCAGUCAUGGCUAUUAUCAUUAUUAUUUUCUGACUAAACCUCACUUUUCAGUAGAAUUGUUGGAUCCAGCUUGUGAUAUCACAUCAUCUAGGUUUAAUUGAUAGAUGCUUCAUGUGUCUGUUCCAGUACCAUUUAUGCUGAUGAGAAUUGAAACACAGCCUUUAUCUGCUUAUACUCUUGAUGGACUACAUUUUGACCAGGAUGCACAUAAAGCAUAAGGCUGCCUCAGCCCCUUUUAUAAAUAUGGCCUGACAUGUAGCCCUGCAGAAUUUUGUGGAGACAUCUACCACUUGAGAUGAGACACAUUAGCACAUUUACCCUCACCAAAAGUUCUAUUAGUGUGGCAUUGCAUACUGCAUACCGAGUCUUAACAUCAUUAUACUACCCAUUACUAGUGAUGGGGCUUUUUCCAUGACUAAAUUACUGUAAGGUCUGGAUCUUCUCAAUUAUGAUAGAGGAUUUUGCAGUGUGUUUUUCCUUAAACCCCACAGUUAGUACAAAUUGAGCAUAUUAAUAUUUAUUUUCCUUCUAAUCUUCAGAGGGAAUUCAUGUCAAUCCUGUCUUCAUCUAAUAUGAAGACUUUGCACACUUCUUGGAGGUGGAGCUCAAUUGCAGAAUCUCUGCUUGAAUCCUACUACUCCAGCUUUAGUUGUAGUAUCCACUUGCUGCCACAACUGAGGAUCAGCUUCUCCAGCAGAAUUUGGCAAUAAUCCUGAACUUUGGUGACCAAAAUGCAUCUGAACUUUGCAUUGCAGCAGGGUUGUUAUCCAAACAUUUAAGAUUCCUGCUUGGAUUCCUUAGAUGCUGUUCUACUGCAGGAAAAGUCACACAAACUGAGACACCUGACCUGUAGACUUUUGAUUUUGAAAAGCAUUUCUGGUUAACUGGUUAUGAGUUUGGGGCUAGAGCAAGAGGUUAAUUACUCAUGAGAACUCAAGUUAUCAUUAUAAGUGAAAGUAAGCUAUCCACAGUUAAAACUAAUGAUACUGUUGAGUUUACCCAAAUACAAUAGAUGUGUUUCCAGCAGACAAAGCAAGUAAAGAUGCUGCAAGGUGGCAUACUGUACAUUUCACAGGUGGCGUUGCAAUAUAAUUGUAACAUUUAAAUAGUCAUCAGUUGUCGAGAAUUUCCUGUGCCCUGACAGGAUAUACUAAGCUGAUUAUUUCUUUCAGGAGAGGUUUUGACAAAAGUUCAAUCAUAAUUCCAGUUAACAAAUGAUCAGGAGGUAUCCCAGUGUUGUUCUGGUAGAGGCACAAGUUAGCCAAGUAGUAUGAUCAUUAGUAGUUUUUUUAUCCCACUACUUGACAAACUCUGCAGAAAAUCUUUCGGGCAAGAUUCCUCAGGCAAAUUAUUCAAACCUUUUUAAAAAUGAAGCUAAAUCUGUCAUCCUCACCUUAACUGACAAAGUUGAUGAUACAUGGCCUCUGGCUAUUCUGUAUUAAUUUAUUUUGUCUCCGUGGGAAAACAAGAAAAAAAGUAAGGUUUUGGUAACUCCUGAAAGUAAAUACUUUUACUUGUAAGCAUCUUUAGAACAAUGUAAAUCAUGUGGGAUUUCCUUAAUUACCCCAUGCUUUGUUCACAUCUAGUUAAUCUUAUUUCAGUAGGUUUUAAUUAUCAACACCUUGCUCCACUUUCUUCGUGUAUACAUAUGUUUUCAUGUCUGAUUCUUAUGGUAGAUUCUACUUCUUCACACUCCACAGGCAGUACAGCUUCUCCUUGCUACAAGUGGUAGUCUAGUUUUUGGAACACUAUACAUACAGUAGGAAUUCCUCAUACAGUUCUAUUAGUGGCCAUCACCCUCAAAGGCCAUUCUUCAUGUGUAAACGGAGGAUAAUGGUUGUAAACAAGCAUUCAAUCUCAUUUAUACCUCUGGAGUUGAUGAGGGCAGAAAACCUACCUGGUUCCUCCCAUUCUCUUUUGCUAUGGAGUAUGUGGAUCUAUUGUAGUACUAUAACAUUUCUUCUAUCCAAACAAAAUUUGGAGUUAAUAUUUAAAAGUUGAUAUCAAAAUUUGUUUGAUUCACACAACAUGCAAUUUUGGUCGCACAGUUGCCACACUGGGAUUAUAUUAGUGGAGGAAAAUAAAGUAAUUUUAUUUUAUAUAGGAAUGUACAUGUCUCAUCGCAGUUGUUUAAUACCAUUAUUGCAGUUAACCUAGAGCUUCAGCAGUUAACAUGUUAACCAGAUUGGCAAAGUGUAUUUAAAUAGCAUUUAAGAAUUUUUUGUAGCAAAGUUGUUUGCCAAAUUCUUACCUUGUUGCCAAACCUGUCUGUAUUUCUUACUGCUGUAAUAAAUGUAUGUAGCAUUCUUUCUUUAAUUCAGCUUUAAUCUUUUUUUCCGAAUGUGCCAUAGCCUACUUUGUUACAGUGUUUAAAUUUUUGUGGAAAUGUUACAAAAUGGAUUGAUAACACAAUAAAAUAUUCACAUUUUCAAUCA